GGUAGCUUCUAUUUCUCUUUGUUUUCUUAAAACCUCUGAAGUCUUAACCCUAACUACUCCCCUCUUCAUCUUUGUCGAUGGCCACCAACAAAAUUGCAGAGAAUGGCUCCACUGAUGCCUCCGCCAUCAAUUCCAACCCCCAAAGUUCGACGCUCGACUCUGUAGCUGCUGCAGAACUAGACUCUACGGAAGCCGGUGGCGCUGAAUCCGACCUGGAUCCCUCUAACUCCGACUAUUUAUCGGUGCCGGCUUCGGAUUCUGGAGCUCAGGAAGCCUCCAAUCAUACUGGCUCCUCCGAUAAAAAGUGGCCGGGAUGGCCCGGGGACUGCGUUUUCCGGCUUAUAGUGCCGGUUGUUAAGGUGGGUAGCAUUAUUGGGCGCAAGGGCGAUCUUAUCAAGAAGAUGUGCGAGGAAACGAAGGCCAGAAUUCGGGUUCUUGAUGGUGCUGUUGGCACUCCUGAUCGCGUUGUGCUAAUUUCGGGAAAAGAAGAGCCUGAGGCGCCUCUUUCCCCUGCAAUGGAUGCAGUUAUAAGAGUGUUCAAACGUGUGUCUGGAUUUUCUGAGAAUGAAGAUGAUACUAAGGCUUCAUUUUGUUCAAUCCGGUUGCUUGUGGCAUCAACUCAAGCUAUUAAUCUUAUUGGAAAGCAGGGUUCAUUAAUAAAAUCUAUACAGGAGAGUACAGGAGCUUCUGUGCGAGUGUUAUCAGGAGAUGAGAUGCCAUUCUAUGCUGGUGCAGAUGAGAGGAUGGUGGAACUGCAGGGAGAAUCCUUAAAGGUUCUCAAGGCUUUAGAGGCAGUGGUCGGCCACCUAAGGAAGUUUUUAGUUGAUCAUAGCGUUCUUCCUCUGUUUGAAAAGAGUUUCAAUACAACUGCCUCGCAAGAUCGUCAAACAGACACCUGGGCUGACAAGUCCUCGCUUCAUACUGCAUCUCAAAGCGUAAUCUCAACCGAAUAUCCUCCUGCUACAAAAAGAGAAUCUCUAUUUCAUGACAGGGAAAGUCAUCUUGAUUCUCAUAUGGCAUCCUCUGGUAUUUCUCUCUAUGGACAAGAUCGAAUACUUCCUGGCAUUCGAUCAUCAGGUGUUGCUCGCUCUGGUGCACCUAUUGUCACUCAGGUUACUCAAACAAUGCAGAUCCCAUUAUCUUAUGCUGAGGACAUCAUUGGGGUUGGAGGAACAAAUAUUGCAUUCAUCCGUCGCAAUAGUGGUGCCAUCUUAACCAUACAAGAGAGCAGGGGAUUACCUGAUGAGAUCACCGUGGAAAUAAAAGGCACUUCCUCACAAGUACAGAUGGCUCAACAAUUAAUUCAGGAAGCAGUAAGUGGGCCCAAGGAACCAGUAACAAGCAGCAGCUAUGGCAGGCUAGACGCAGGCUUGAGGUCAUCCUACUCCCAGUUGGCUGGUUCAGGUUCAUCCUACACUUCAUCCUUCACUUCAUCCUCUUUAUCAUCACAGUCAUAUGGUGGAUAUGGGUCUUCUGGUUUAGGAGGCUACAGUACCUUCCGGCUCUGAAUCGAUUGCUCUGAAGAUUCGAACCCGCUUGGAUUCGAUCUUGCUUCCGAUUAAUUUUUAUCAAGAAGAUGAAUGAAUUACGUUGGAAUGUAGUUUGUAAAGUCAGCCUAAAGUAGUUAAAAACUUUUUUAUUACUCACUUUGUCUCUGCCAUAAUGAAACUGAUCAGCUGGGUAGAUUUGUCCUACGCUUUUUUUUCUCUC